CCUCGCCUCCCCUAGUAGCGGAAGGCUAAUCACAUGACCAGGUGGGGCUGCAGCAACUGUUGGAGCCGAGCAGUGAAGAAAAACCCAAACUGUCAACAACACGCCAAUUCUCCAACACAUUUAUUCUCAUGGAUGAUCUCUCUCGGUGAUUUAAAGGGUGUUAUGGAGCUAACUGAAGGUAGAUUAAACACACUGUGACAUGUUGGCCCAAGCAGGAUCAUGGCUGCUAGUACCUCCUCCUAAACACCCAAACCACUUCCUGUCGUCAUGGCCUCAAGCUAUGCGCCACCUUUUGAGGGCACAGGUGAAGUAAAGGAAGGCUUUCUUUGCCCUCUGUGCCUAAAGGAUCUUCAGUCUUUUUACCAACUCCAAGGUCACUAUGAGGAGGAGCACGGAGAUGAUCGGCAUGUUCGAGGACAGAUCAAGAGUUUAGUUCAGAAGGCAAAGAAAGCCAAAGACAAACUUUUGAAGAGGGAUGGAGAUGACCGCCCAGACACUGGGAGUUAUGAGUCCUUCUACUAUGGUGGAGUCGACCCGUAUAUGUGGGAGCCUCAGGAACUGGGAGCAACCAGAAGUCAUCUGGACCUGUUUAAGAAACACAGAGCUGACCGUAUUGAUCAUUAUGUCAUUGAAGUCAACAAGCUCAUCAUUAGACUGGAAAAGUUGACAGCAUUUGACAGAACCAAUUCAGAUGCUGCCAAAAUCAGAGCCAUUGAGAAGUCUGUAGUGUCUUGGGUUAGUGACUCGGAUGUCCCCUUCUGUCCUGAUUGUGGAAACAAGUUCAACAUCCGAAAUCGACGGCACCAUUGUCGUCUGUGUGGAUCCAUCAUGUGCAGAAGAUGCAUGGAGUUUGUCCCCCUACCUUUGGCCCAAAAACUAAUUAAUGGGACACGAGAGGCCCUGUGUGUGCCUGGAAGUCCCGGGCAGUCCCAGUCUCCACCAGCAGGGGGUGGUGGCAGUGGGAUGGGCUCCAGAAGGGGGAGCAUCACCAGCUUGAGCAGCGUGGCCUCCAUAUUGGAAGAAAAGGAUGACGAGAGGAUCCGCUGCUGCCACCAUUGCAUGGACACUUUGCUGAAGAGGCAGCAGAAGUUGGAGGAGAAGGAUCAUGUUCCAGAUGUAGUGAAACUUUAUGAGAGGCUGAGAAUGUGUAUGGAGAAAGUGGAGGAAAAGGCUCCAGAGUAUAUUCGGAUGGCUGAAUCUCUGAAUGCUGGAGAAACCACGUACAAUCUGGACACUGCUGGUGGACUGAGGUUGGAAGUGCAAAAAUACUACGAGUUGAUUGACGCUCUAAGUAAGAAGAUUUUAACGCUGGGGCUCAAAAAUGACCCGCAGCCAUAUCCGAAGGCGCUCCAGCUACAGAAAAUGAUUCGCUACACAGCUACACUGUUUGUCCAGGAAAGGCUGUUGGGGCUGAUGUCUUUACCCACUAAAGACAAAUAUGAAGAGCUAAAAGAAAAGAGGAAACAGGAACAGGAGAGGAGACUCCAACAAGAGAGACAGGCAGCCCAGGAGAACCGUAACAGGAGGCAGGAGUAUGAGAAAACCCGUCCACCGGCUAAUGGAGAGCUGCCGCAGGCCCCCAGAGCCCCUCGCAUGACUAAAGCCGGUGGCUGGCUGCCUUCUGCAGACUCUGUCAAAACUCGCAGCGACCUGGAAGACCCCCUGCUGCAACAGAUUGAAAACAUUCAGUCGUUCCUUCGUCAGGCACGUGAAGCCCAGCGGACAGAUGAGGUUGCCAUGCUGGAGGAGAACUUGCGCCAGCUGCAGGACGAAUACGACCAGCAGCAGACCAGGAUGGCCAUAGCACUCUCCCAAAAACUGGCACAGGAGGAGAGCUUGCAGCAAGGGGAGUUUCAGCGCCUGGAGGAGAGGGAGAGGGAAGGGAGGGAGCAAUGGGGCUCAACCUUUACAUCUCCUCAACCAUCACUCUCCUGGGCGCAAUCCCUGGAUAUCAGCCCAGCAGGUCACCAGACAGAGGAGGAGGAGAAGACAGCAGAGGUCCUGACUCUGAAUUCUGAGGCAAGUCCGCCAGCUGUGAGGGCCCUGUCCUCUCUCACAUCACAGGAGGAUUCUCCUCCACGAUUAAGAAGCUUAGGAGGGCACAUAACCCCCCCUAGUGGUGAAGGACAGAACAGCACUUCCCUUAACCCAUUUGAAGAGGAGGACUCAACUCCCAUUGAGGAUGAUCCAUCCAAUCCUUUUCUUGAGGACAUCAAGAGGGAACAUCAGGAACUUUCCAACGGGAAGAAGGAAUACAACCCUUUUGAGGAAGAUCCAGACAGAGAAGAGGACAAAGGGGCUGAGAUGGCCUCAAGCAACCCCUUUGAGGACGAAGACACAGGCAACCCCUUUAUGGACGCUGCUGGGAACUCGCCGGAGGCCUCGACCAAUCCCUUUGAUGGUGAUGCAGAAGAUCAAGCUUUGCCGGAUGUAGACAUGAUCGAGGAAGAACUGCUUCUCCAGCAGAUCGACAACAUCAGGGCAUUCAUCUUCGAUGCCAAACACAGCGGGCGGCUCGACGAGGUUGAGCUCUUGUCGGAGAACCUCAAAGAGCUUCAGCACACUUUGCAGGAGCAGAAGAAAAAGAGGCACUAACAAACUUUGGCCGCGAUCACCUGCUAUUUACCAAGUUGUCCAUUGCUUAUUCACUUUAGGAACGAUCAUCCCAGCUUAGAGCAGUUUGGAUCCAUUUCCCAUUAGAGAUUAAUUAAACACGGUCCCUAGUCUCCUAAUAUCUUUCUAGAUCAUUUUUGCCUGUAUGAGGUUUCAUAGGUUUGACAUCCAACCCAUGCAUAUAUGCAAAGCACAUGUAUGAAGUUUUAAAAUUACAAUAGAAAGAUGAACAAUGGAAGAUUGGAAAAUGUUAUUUUGGAGGAUAAGAGUUGGUUCUGCAGUUGAAGCUGUGAUCAAAGUCCAAAUGGUUCUCAGCUCUGAGGAUAAGUGCACUACUGUGUUUGUGGAUCUGCAACUCAACGUUUACAAAGAACUAAACCAUAUU